AUGUUCAAUGGUUUCCUCUUUGGAUGCGGUCAUGAAAAUCGUGGCCUCUUCGGCCAAACUGCUGGGCUGCUAGGCCUGGGCCGAGACAAGAUGUCUAUCGUCCAACAGACCUCCAAGAUUUACAGACGCAUCUUCUCCUACUGCCUUCCGACCCCCUUCAGCGGCUCUACAGGAAGCUUAACCUUCGAUCGAACUCCCGUAAGCUCUAAAGACAUAAAGUAUACACCUCUAUCCACAUCCACUGGUAUAAACGAUUCAUUUUACGCCCUCGAUUUGGAAGGCAUAAUCGUUGCCGGUGCUAAACUAUCCAUUCCAUCAUCGAUUUUUUCGUCCCCGGGUACAAUUAUCGAUUCAGGAACCGUCAUAACACGUUUGCCGGCCACUGCUUAUAGCGCCUCCUGGUCAGCGUUUCGGGAAGGGAUGAGUGGUUAUCAGACGGCCCCGGCACUGUCAAUUUUGGAGACGUGCUACGACUUGAGCAUGUAUCCAUCGUUCUGCUUUCCGAAGAUAAGCUUUUUGUUCGGCGGUGGAGUUGAAGUGGAAUUGAAAUUCGAAGAUAUAAUUUACGUGGGCGGCAAUGCUAGGCAAUUUUGUUUGGCGCUUGCUGGGUACACAGACGAUGAUGAGGUCACGAUAUUCGGGAAUGUCCAACAGCAAAGUUUGGAAGUGGUGUAUGAUGUUGGUGGAGGAAGGAUUGGAUUUUGGCCCUGCUGUUUGUUAAGUUACCUGACGUUUACGGCAAAAUAGGAUGUUAUACUAUUUUACCAAUCAUAAAUUAUAGCAUAGACUGAAAAGUGUUUUUAAUGCCAGCCUAAUGGAUGUUAUACUAUAUUAUUAAUCAAAUAAUUUACAACAUAGAUUGAAAAGAGUGUGUUUGUAAUGCCAACCUUAAUGCUGUUCUUCUUGUCCUGGAAAUGGAAUAUAUAUGGU